GUGACAGUCAAUCAAUUGUAAAAAUCUUUCCCCUUGUACUGACUCAUUCUUCUCUCACCAUAAUUGACCACUGAAGCCCUUGCAUGCUAAGCAUGAACCCCACGUUUAUGCCGAGCCCUACUGUAUCUAGUUAUAUACCCUUCCCAAACUAGCACCUUAGGUUUCUCUAUCUUCAAAGUCUGUAUCCUAGAAACAAGGCAACUCUCGAUAUUUCCAGCUUAUUGAGUCUCCCAAACAUAUCCUUGUUCUUCAUCAUGGGUUCCAAAGAGUCGGGUACUAUGCUUGCUGCGCAAUAUAACAAGUUGAGCAACUCAGUUGAAGUCAAUCGCAUCGAUAUCCCUAUGAUUGCAGACAAUGAGAUUCUUAUCAAGACAAGAAGUGCAACCCUAUGUCAUUCAGACUUGAUGCUUUUCUGGGGGCACACAGGCGAAGAACCACUGACUGAUAAAACCACCAUCGGCCAUGAGAAUACUGGAUACGUUGUUAGUAUUGGCAAGGAUGUUCAAGGGUUCAAGAUAGGCGAUCUUGUCGGAUGUCUUGGUUGCAGUUAUGCAUGCUAUGACUGCGAAGGAUGCCAAGUCCACAACUUAUUUUGCGAAAAAGGAACAGGAAGAAUGCAUGGUUUCACAUGCCCAGGUCACUUUUCCGAGUAUUCCGUCUCUGAUGCUCGCAAUGCUAUGGUAUUGCCACAAGGGAUGGACCCUGAUACGUCAGCACCCCUGUUUUGCGCAGGAGUUACAGCGUAUCAUGCCGUCAAGGGUUGCCAUCUUCUUGAAGGACAGUGGAUUGCCAUCAUUGGCUGCGGUGGUCUUGGUCACCUAGCCGUUCAAUAUGCCAAAGCAAUGAAGUACAAAGUCGUCGGCAUUGACAUCUCUAAAUCUCAACUAGAAGAUGCAAAGAAUCUGGGCGCAGACUUUGUGAUUAACACGAUGGAAGAUCCCGACUAUGAAGCUAAGAUCAAGGAAGUCACAAAGGGCGGUUGUCAUGCUGCCGCUGUAUUCAGCGCUUCUAAUGUGGCUUAUGAAAGCGCUCCCAAGACCUUGAGAAUUAACGGUCUCUUGAUGGUUGCGGGAAUCCCUAAGAAGCCGUUGUCCAUCAGCGCUCUCGAUAUUCUCCUUGGAAAAUACCGUAUUGCUGGCCGUAGUAGUGGAAUCCCCAAGAAUAUGCCCCAGGCUAUCGAGUUUAGCUACAAACAUGACAUCAAAGCUCACAUGACAUCAUUCAAGGAUCUAUAUGAGAUCAACAAGGUGAUUGAUCUGCUAAAGUCUGGCAAGGCAGCAGGAAGAUUUGGCAUAUUGUUUGAUUAG